AUGCUGAAUAUCAAUACCAAAUUCCCUGGAGCAAUGCUGGACAAUAAGCUACGCCUGACAGCAGGAUGCUCUGAAUCAAACUUAUUCCAACAAGAAGGUUGCCGCUGGAUCGAUCCAUUCCCACUCACUCACGCAAUGAAUUUGAGUUAUCGAGAUGACAAAGAGUUUGAUUUGGGAUCCAUUCUCGACUAUGUGCCGUCCUCGACAUUAGUUGAUCAAUCGACUGAGAACAAAUCGAUUCAAGAGAACGUGCUCAAACGACCCGUCAUCCAGAUCGAAGACAAUGACUACGAGAACCACAGCAGAGCACCUCCUUUCAAACGCCAUCGUACAUGCAACGAUGUCGCAAUCAGUAAUGCUGCUGAUAUGAUCCCAGAUGUCGGAAUCUGUGCUGCUGAUGUUUUCCUAGAUGUGGAAAUCGAUGCUGCUGAUGUGUUCCCAGAUGUGGAAAUCAGUGACACUGAUGUGUUCCCAGAUGUGGCAACAAGUGCCGCUGCUGCUCAUAAUGUGACCCCGGAGGCGCGGGAAUACCCCCGUUUUCGAAGCUCUCAGGAGAAGCAGUGGCAGAAGCAAUUCCAGGCGCUUCUGGAAUUCAAACAGAAGCAUGGACAUUGCUGUGUUCCAAACAAAUACGAUGAAAAUCCGGUUCUAGGAAGAUGGGUCAAGAGACAAAGAUACCAACACAAACUACUACUCCAGCAGGGGAAGAAGUCUACGCUGGUCCCUCACCGCGUCAAAGCAUUGGAAGAUGCUGGCUUCAUCUGGGAUUCUCAAUCGGCUCUAUGGGAAGAGCGGCUUAAUGAACUCAAAGCUUAUCGUCGAGUCCAUGGUCACAGCAAUGUACCAUCGACUUGCACUGCAAAUGCGCAGCUAUCGACUUGGGUGAAAUGCCAGCGACGCCAGUACAAGCUAUUCUUGGAUGGCGACCCGUCCUCCAACCUGACACCAGAGCGCAUAUCCACAUUGAACCAGAUCGGCUUUCAGUGGUGUGGACGGCUGGCUAAAAGGAAAGGUACGAGGCCCUCUUAUUCUUAG